GGGCCGGCUGUCGGUUGGGCGGAGAGGCCUCGCCCCGUCACGUGUCCUCCGUGCCAUUGGGAGGAGCCAGCGCCUCUAGGUUGCCGUCACUUCCGGCUCUCUGUCAGUCCGGGCGAGCGAGCUGGAGACUGUUGGACGGCAGGAGCGGAGCAAUGCCUAAAUCAAAGGAACUUGUUUCUUCAAGCUCUUCAGGCAGUGAUUCUGACAGUGAGGUUGAAAAAAAGUUAAAGAGGAAAAAGCAAGUUGUUCCAGAAAAACCUGUGAAGAAGCAAAAGCCUGGUGAGACUUCUAGAGCAUUGGCAUCUUCUAAGCAGAGUAGCAGCAGCAGAGAUGAUAACAUGUUUCAGAUUGGGAAGAUGAGAUAUGUCAGUGUUCGGGACUUUAAAGGAAAAAUUCUAAUUGAUAUUAGAGAAUAUUGGAUGGACUCAGAAGGUGAAAUGAAACCAGGAAGAAAAGGCAUUUCUUUAAACAUGGAGCAAUGGAGCCAGCUGAAGGAACAGAUCUCUGACAUAGAUGAUGCAGUAAGAAAGCUGUAAAAUCUGAGCCAUAUCAAACCUGGACUGUUGUAGUUGUUCCAAUCUGUCUUUUUACAUUGGCUUUUGUUUUCUAAAUGUUGUUUUCCAAGCUGUUGUAUAUUUGGAUUGCAGAACAAUUUGUAAGGUGAAUACUUUUUUUUUUUAAUGUGCAUUAUUAAAAUGUUCUGAGUGAAGCUAAAUGUCAACUUUAUUAAAGAGGAUUGCUUUGUGUCCCCUACCUAGUGUAAAAUAAAGUCAUUACAAUCUUAA